AAAAGUAGGCUAUUUCUGCUAUUCUCAGCUCAGUAUUCUAAAAAAUGCGGCACAUUGCGAGUUCUGUUUUGGAAGAAGAGAUUACAAUUGUGAAUAUAUUAAACUCCGGUUUCCGACCUGCUGCGCCUGUCCCGCCCUUCGGCUGCCAUGCAGAUACCGGGCGAAGCCGAAGGCGAGCUUUCCACACAAACAGGAUCCGAUCACGUGAACUAGCCUUCUCCUCCAAUACUGGAAAGUGUGUUUGUCGUCUCGCCAGCACGGUUACAUGCUCCUGGUGACCAGCGGUGACACAUGGUUCUGCUUCGGCACAUAUCCAUCGCUCUCACCGCUGCGGUGGCCGCUCUCGGAUCUGCCCUGUUCAUCGCCUUGAAUUAUUUCUACAGGAGGCGAGUAUGGUCACCCGAGACGGACUAUUGCAUGAUCAAGGAGGAGGAGGAGGGCCGCAGCGAGCGGCAGGUUCUGGUUCUGGGUCUGGAUGGGUCGGGUAAGAGCAGCGUGCUGCAGGGCCUCUCAGGGGCCCGACCCAAACAGCACCGCCCGACCCGCGGCUUCAACUUCAUCAGCCUGGACACGCCCGCCUGCCAGCUCCACUUCCUGGAGAUAGGAGGAGGGGAGGAUCUGCGUGUGUACUGGGCUCAGUACCUCCAGCGGACGCACGUUCUUGUGUACGUGGUGGACUCCUCAGACAGACGGCGCCUCCCACUGGCCAAAGCCGAGCUGCACCGCCUCCUCUGCACGCACGGACAGCUGCCUGUGGUCGUCCUGGGAAACAAGCAGGACAAGCCGGAUGCGGCCAGCGUGCGGGAGCUCCACCAGGCCCUGUCUCUGGGGGCCCUGGGGCCGGAGAGGAGGCUGCACCUGCUGGCCGCUCAGCUGGGCUCCGACGGCCAGGCCCCCGACGGCCAGGCCCCCCCCUGCAGCCUGCAGGCCUUCCAGGAGAUCCUGCUGCAGCUGGUCUGAGCUCCAGGCCCCCCCCCCCCCCCCGCCAGAGGGGUCUACACCGUCACCAUGACGAUGAGCAGCCUCACUCAGGGCAGGACGACAGGCGUGUACUGCAGGACUGAGUCAGUCUGAGUUUCCCAGAGUCCAACAGAAACAGAGCGCUGUCACAUCAUGGGCCAGUUUUACACACGGAUUAAGCUUAGUCUUGCCUGAAAUUGACUUUUGGAUCCAUUCCAAAUUGAAUUUUGCCCAAAUUGAAUUGAUUUAGUCUGUGAAACUGGCCCUAUAGCCGUUAUAGACCUACAGUGACACAAGGACAAUUGUAUUUUUUGAAGACUAUACGCAUGCAAAAUGUCAGUUUUAUUGUAGCAGAUAUUUUAAGAGUUAGGACAUUUUUUUACAUUUGAAUUUGAACACAUUUUAAGUUUUAAUUGUAAAUAAGAGAGGUGUUGGUGUUUUGGGGAGAUGAAAAGGGAAAUAUGCUCCAAAACUAUUUUUUAAUCGGUGUUUGCAGGCAACCAGAUGAUUCUUCAGCAAACAUGUUUUUGUGGAAGGAACACACUGGAGCCCUUAUCAGUGUUUAUGAGGCCAUGGGACGGAACAUUGAUCUUAGUGUGGUGAAACAUCAGGGUGUCGAUUUUUCAGAAACUGCCUGUUACUGUCAGUGUUACUCAUCAUGAUUUUCCUUAGCUCUGGAAAACAUCGCAUUAAAGUGAUUAAAGUAUUUAUGACACUAACUACAGUCACACUAAUCUCGAGUUCAGAAUUUAGUUUUCAUUUCAAAUAUAACAUCCUACACAACAUCCUUCUAUACUGUGAUACAUGUGCUUUGGUGUCAGAUCAGAGAUUUGUGGUAUGUCUAAGAAAACAUUUUGAAUGUAUAAAUGUAGUUUUCCUAUUGAAAUGAAUCAGUGAAUCUUAAAUUAUUCAAGAUGUAGAUUUUUAUAUUAAUCACAGUGUAAAUUCUCUUUGUACAUAUACUUUGGUAUAAUUGCUGAAUUGAAUAGUAAAUUGAUUUAGCACUGCCCUAACAGUUUAGUCCACGUGAAAGUUUGUGAAAUACAGGUCUGUCGCCAUGUCUUAAGCUUUCCGGUAUUUUCUGAUUUACAUGCAGCUGUCAUGUCGACUGUUUAUUCCAGUACUACUUGUUUUUAUUUUUUAUUGUGCAGUAUUACAAGGCAGACAUUGAUCUUACAUUUUCGUAGUCACAGAGGAAACACUGGUACGUGGACUCAUGUAUUCUUGACAAGUUGUGAAUUUCAUGUAAAUGUAUUUUGAGCUUUGCAAUGAAAUUGUAUGCCCCGAAAAAUAAAUGUAAAAAAAUACUCCUUCAAAA